GAGUAAGGGAGAUUAAAAAAAAGGGAUAAUCAUGCUCAAUGAUCAAAAUUGAUCACGAGCGUUCCUUCAAACUCCUAUCUAUAUUUUCUUCUUCGUUAGGAUACCAUAUUUUUCUUAGAUCUGAUCUUAUCUCCGUUUCAUAUUGUUGCUUUCAUUUGAUAAUCGAAGAUCCAGCCAUGGAUUUCAUGAAAGUCAUCGAUCAAACAGUCCGCGAAAUAAAGAGGGAGGUGAACUUGAAAGUGUUGAAGGUUCCUGAGAUAGAACAGAAGGUGUUGGAUGCGACGGACGAUGAACCUUGGGGCCCCCAUGGAACUGCAAUGGCUGAGAUAGCACAGGCUACAAAGAAAUUUUCUGAAUGUUCAAUUGUUAUGAAUGUUCUUUGGACAAGAUUGAAAGAGACUGACAAGAACUGGCGUUAUGUCUACAAGGCAUUGGUUGUUAUAGAGUAUUUGGUGGCACAUGGAUCAGAACGUUCGGUGGAUGAGAUCGUAGAACAUACUUAUCAGAUUUCGUCUCUUACAAAAUUUGAGUAUGUCGAGCCAAGUGGAAAGGAUAUGGGAAUUAACGUAAGGAAGAAGGCAGAAAACAUUGUGUCACUUUUAAAUGACAAGGACAAGAUACAUGAAGUUAGGAACAAGGCUUCUGCAAAUCGUGAAAAGUAUUUUGGACUAUCAUCUACUGGAGUAACAUACAAGUCAGGGUCUGCCUCUCUUAGUAGUGGCAGUCGAUAUGGAGGUUUUGGCAGUAAUACAGAUAGUGACUCAUUCGCUUACAAGGAAAGAGAUCAAUAUGGUGAAGAUAAGUUUGAUCAAAAGACCACUUACAAAUCUCGAAGGGAGAUUUCUGAGAAAGAUGGCAGCUUGAAUAAGGGGCCCUCUCCUUAUGUAAGUAAGAGCCAAGGUGGUGUUUCUGCUGGUGGAUCAAAGACGACAAACAAGAGCUUCUCUGAUAAAAAUGCUUCAAAACCCUCAGUAAACUCAAGUACACCAAGUAGCAAUUAUGACGAUGAUUUUGAUGAUUUUGAUCCUCGUGGGACUUCAACUGCUAAGCCUUCUGUUGGAAGUUCUAACCAAGUAGAUCUUUUUGGGGAAAGUUUGGUUGGUGACCUCUUGGAUGCACCCGUGUCUGCUCCAACUGACAAGCCCAGUGUUCGCUCAGAAGUUGAUUUAUUUGCUGAUGCAGAUUUUGUAUCUGCUACCCCACAGUCUGAAAUGGGGGGAAGCUCUCAGUCUCAGACGAGUGUUGAUCUAUUCGCCCAACCUGAAGUAGGGGGAAGCUCUCAAGCUCAGGUGACCGGUAUUGAUCUGUUCUCACAGCCUGCGCCUUUGCCUGCCCCAGCAAUACCCAUGCCUCAGUCGUCCUCCAUUGAUUUUUUUUCAGUACCUGAUCCAGCUGUGAAAUCUUCAAAACAAGAGCCCAUGAACACUAAUAUAGUUGAUCCCUUUGCUGCAGUUCCAUUAAAUACAUUUGAUAGUUCUGACCCAUUUGGAUCAUUUGUUUCCCAAACUGAUCCUGUAUCUGCAACGCCCAAUGAGACUGUUGCCAGUGGUCUAAAUCAAGGAAACUUAAAUAAUUCUUCGGUAGAAUCCAAGCCCCCACCCAAGAAGGAUGCUUUUCAGGUCAAGUCUGGAAUAUGGGCUGAUUCUUUAAGCCGUGGACUGAUUGAUCUUAACAUAAGUGCACCAAAGAAAGUCAACCUGGCAGAUGUUGGCAUUGUUGGUGGAUACGGAUUUGAGGAGAAAGACAAGGGACCUACCACCGUGCAGACGACAUUUUACAUGGGGAGAGCGAUGGGUCAGGGGUCUGGGCUGGGCAAAACCGGGUUUACUUCAAAUGCCGAAGAUGACAUCUUCUCAAGCCUUAGCAGCGGUCAACAAUAUGGUGGCUUCUCAAAAUGAUUUCCAUAGAUAAAUCUGGCAUUCCAAAUUAUGAUGAUAUCCAUCCAAUUUUCAUAUAUUCUUUCUUUUGUGGAUUUCACAGAGAGGUCAAAUGUUUAUUUGUGUGCGAUCUCUUCAUUUUGCGAUUGUUUGAAAGUGUGUAUUGGUAAUCCAGUUUUCAGAAACAGGAUCUGUAUUUUUGAAUUUCUCA